UUGGAAAGUGUAUGAGCUGCCUUUUUUUUCUGACCACAUGUCUUAUGUUUUUCCCUUGGCAUCCCUGUUCCUUCUCUACUGGCAUGCACACAUCACUGUCUGGUUUUGCUUUUCUUGUAAUGAAUUCGGUAAUGAAGUGAAACUGAUAUUAUUCCUACACUGCAACUUGCUCUUGUGCUGAAGAUGUGCUGUGCUCAGACAUGCUGUCUUUUUAGGAUUCUAAGCUCUUUUCACUGAUGGAGAUGAAACCUCCUAUUUCCCGAGCAAAAAUGAUUCUCAUCACAAAAGCUGCCAUUAAAGCUAUUAAGCUCUACAAGCAUGUUGUCCAGAUUGUAGAGAAGUUUAUCAAAAAGUGCAAACCAGAAUAUAAAGUCCCUGGACUGUACGUUAUUGACUCUAUUGUUCGUCAGUCUCGUCACCAGUUUGGAACGGACAAAGAUGUUUUUGGGCCAAGAUUCUCUAAAAAUAUUACUGCCACAUUCCAGUAUUUGUAUCUCUGUCCAUCUGAAGACAAGAGUAAAAUAGUCCGUGUCCUGAACCUUUGGCAGAAAAAUGGAGUAUUUAAAAUUGAAAUAAUUCAACCACUUCUGGAUAUGGCAGCAGGAACUAGUGCCGCUGCACCAAUGACAGAAAAUGCUACUAAUAAUGAAGGUUCGCCGCCCCCUGCAGCAAAGGUUCCUUCAGAGCCCCCUCAAGUUACUGCUAACUCAGUACCUACUGUGCCACAGUUACCCAGUUCUGAUGCCUUUGCAGCUGUAGCUCAGUUGUUUCAAACAACGCAAGGACAACAGCUUCAGCAAAUUCUUCAGACUUUUCAACAGCCUCAAAAACCCCAAUCACCGGUCAUAGAUAACACUGUGAUGGCUCAGGUUCAAGCUAUUACUGCUCAGUUGAAAACUACAGCAGCACAACCACCACCAGAACAAAAAGCUACUUUCCCACCGCCUGAACAAAAAACAUCAUUUGACAAAAAGCUGCUAGAUCGGUUUGACUAUGAUGAUGAACCAGAAGCAGUGGAAGAUUCAAAGAAAGAAGAUUCGGCUCCUUCUCCUUCAGUUUCUCAGCCAGCUUUGACCUCUCUCUCAUUCAGUGCACAGGCUGGAUGGUGCUCAAUACCUGGUGGAUUUCCAGCAGAAGGUAUACAACAGCCAGUAUUUCCUCAGCUCCCAAAUAUGGAUCCUUUUCAGCAGCGAAUGAUAGGAAUACAACAGGAUCCAAUGCGGCACCAGGUUCCGCUUCCUCCUAAUGGGCAGAUGCCAGGUUUUGGCCUCCUGCCUACCCCGCAGUUUCCACCCAUGGCUCAGCCUGUGAUUCCACCAACAGCACCUGUACAGCAAACUUUUCAAUCUCCUUUUCCAGUACAGACUGAACCACACAUGCAAAAACCACAUCAGCAGGAUAUGGAAGUAGAACAGCCACCUGUUCAAGAGGGAAAACGGCAUGUUUCUGACAACAGAAAGUCAAGAUCUAGGUCUGCAUCAAGGUCACCUAAAAGGAGACGUUCACGAUCUGGCUCCCGAUCUCGAAGGUCACGUCAUCGUCGAUCUCGGUCUCGGUCCAGGGAUAGACGCCGACACUCUCCUAAGUCUCGGUCACAAGAAAGACGUGAACGUGAGAGGGAGAGAGAACGCAGGUCAAAAGGCCUUCCUCAGAUCAAGUCAGAAACUGUUAGUGUUUGUAGUACUACACUUUGGGUAGGACAACUUGACAAAAGGACAACUCAACAGGAUGUUGGAAGUCUUUUGGAGGAGUUUGGUCCAAUUGAAUCAAUAAAUAUGAUACCGCCAAGAGGAUGUGCCUAUAUUGUAAUGGUUCACAGGCAAGAUGCUUACCGUGCCCUACAAAAACUGAGCCGAGGAAACUUCAAAGUCAAUCAGAAAUCUAUAAAGAUUGCAUGGGCUUUGAAUAAAGGAAUAAAACCAGAUUACAAACAGUAUUGGGAUGUAGAAUUAGGUGUUACUUACAUACCAUGGGACAAAGUGAAACCUGAAGAUCUCGAAAGUUUCUGUGAAGGAGGCAUGUUGGACAACGAAACUCUUAGUCCAGAGUGGAAGGGGAUUCCAAAGAAGUCUGAAAAUGAAGUAGCUCAAAAUGGAGGUGCAGAAGCUACACAUAAUGAACCAGUGUCACCUAUACCUAAAGCUUUACCUGUUCCUAUUCCUGUUCCCAUGCCUGCACCAAUAACAGUACCUCCUCCACAGGUUCCACCACAUCCAUCAGGUCCUCCAGUGGUCGGUGCACUCCAGCCACCUGCUUUCACAGCACCUUUAGGAAUCCCACCUCCUGGAUUUGCUCCUGGAGUGCCACCACCACCGCCACCUCCGUUUUUACGUCCUGGUUUCAACCCAAUGCAUUUACCCCCAGGCUUUCUUCCUCCUGGACCACCACCACCUAUAACUCCUCCAGUAUCUGUUCCUCACACUCCGGCAGUAAACAUCCCAAAUUCUACAGCAACUGGUGUGAAUGAAGACACUACAAAAGAUUCAUCUGUAGGAAAUCCCAUCCCAACAGUGGUUUCUGGAUCCAGAGGGAAUGCUGAAACUACCGAUAGUUCCAAAAUAUAUGGGACUGUUCCACCUCCUGUAGCACCUACUAAUGUACCUGCUCCUGUCACACAAGCUAUUCCACUUCUUGGUUUUGCUCCUGGGGAAAUCAAAGCAUGGAAAAUGGAGUGUGCCAGGGUUUCACCAUGUGUGCGGACAUGAGAUGCAACCUACAUGUGCAUCCCGGUCCUGGAGCCCAGAAGUACUUGCAGGCUUGACAGUUUAAACAUAGCCUUAGGGCCUGACCUACAGUCUUGUACAGAUCAGAGGCAAAUGAACUGAACAAAGUCAUUGAGUAGGUACGGCAUCACACUCAGUUAGCCAUGGGAAAGUGCAGACAAAGGAAAUACAAUGCUUCAGACUAAAGGAACUGAUGUGCAAAAGUGUAUGGUUUAGCAUUUUGAGUACAGAUGACUGCUCGUGUGACUGGUUUCUCACGAAGUCCUCAAACUGCUCCUUAAACAUACCCAUGAUGUGGCUCUCCAAGCUGAGAUAAGAAGGUGGAAGAAAGAUUUGUUUGACAGCAUCAUGAAGUAUGUCAUGAGGACUCUCCUUGGGGAAACAGGGAUGAAGGGGAUUGAGUAGUGUAACAUGAAGAAUGAAGAAAUGUUCUUCGGAUAUUUGGGCAGGAUAGAAGAACUUACUUCAGCAGGCUGAAUUCAAGGAAUGAAGAUUGCUCUGAAGAGACUGUCAUAGAAAUCUAAACUUAACCUUGCUUGAGAACACCUUAUGUAAUCUGUACAAAUGCAGGAGCUCUUUUCUAAUUUUUGUAACUUCAAAAUGAAGCUUAUCUGUUCAGUUUUUAUAUGGAAGAUAUGUUACAAAGUAAUUCUAAAUCAAUUAUUGUAAGAUUUCAUAUGUUUUCUUAGUAAUGUAAGUUACAUUCUGUUUCACCUCCACUAAUUUCAUUCAUUCCUCCAAUGUAAUUCUUUCAUCACUUCCAACAAAGAUGUGUUUGUGCUUCAGGGAAGUGAUCCCUCAUGGACAUUGUGUCUGAAUUUUUUUCUGCUUAUUUCUAAAAACCACCCUCAGGUUGUUUUAUUUAGUUGUAUCCUUGAUCAUAUUUGCUGCUGUUAUAGCUUCUUGUUCUUAAUUUGAACAAGAUUAUCCAGACUGUAACUGGUUUUGUGAGUGUGUGCUCAUAUGUCAUUUUUUUAAGGGAUCUGCAAAGCAGAUAUUUUUAGACUCCUUUUACAUGUGCAUAUUGCAGAAAGUGACAGGCUUUUAAAUCAUUUUUGAUUUGCCAACUUGUUCUUAGUGUUGAGCAAAUGCUGUAAUUUGGACCAGUAAUAAACUGCUGUUGCAGAUGCUAUGUUUUGAAUAUACAGAUUCUGUGAUCUAUUAUCUUGAUUAAAUACACCAUAUUGCAGUUUUUAGAUUCUGAUCUAGUGCCUUUAACCAAAAUUCCUGCAAUGAUAAUUACAUAUUAUCAAAGAUUAAUUAGACUGUAGUUCCCAUUGAACUUGGUAUUCAUUUCCUGUUAAUGCAUGCUGAGUUAUUCUUUCUCCCUUGCUGGUUUGUUCUUAAGUAACUACCUGGUCUUUUUAUAAUCUGCAUUAAAUCAUAAAACACAGACUACAAUAUUCUCUGAGCUCAUCAGAGUAUUACUGUAUUAGAAAGUGGAUACUUCCUUCACAGGAAGGAUGAGAUUUUUAUUAAUAUUGGAUAUGAACAGUGAUAAACCUAAUACAUUUCCAAAUUCCUUGUGAUAGCCCAUUUUAAAAGCACAACAAACACUGCAUGUUUGCUACUUAUAUAUGUGACUGUUGCUUUCAUAAUACUACGGGAUGAGAAUUCAGAGGUAAGGGAACAUGAACUCUCAAGCACCAUUCGUGGAAUUCAGUUUUGCCUUGAUGAUUCCCUUGACCUGGAUCAGUUCAGUGUUUGUUUUAUGAAUCAGAGAUUUUAGAAAUCUCAGUGUCGCUAACCAACACUGUACACAUAACGUAGUUUGACUUACAUCCUUGUUUAAGCAUCUUACAUGAAUAGGAGCAAGCUCCUACAGGUUUCAGUGAUGGACAUUGACUACCCUAAAAAAUGCUGGCAUUUAUGGCAAGCUAUUUAAGCUGUGAAAUGAUAUUUAGGUUGUUAAGUUCAGGCUUCUUUCUUUACAGUCUUGGCCUGGUCUAAAGGAUUCUAUAUCAAACUCCAGAAUAAGACACAAAGACUUACAACAUUGUCUCUCUUUCAAGAAUUUCCCGUAGUAUUUCAUGUUCUGGUUUUAAGAUGCAGCAUUCCCCACUGGAGAAUGAUAGGAGGAUUAAGGUGACAUGCUAAAUGUUGCAGAACAUCAGCAUCAAACUCAAAGCGUAAACUUUAGCUGGAAUCAUAAGCUUUUGACUUCUUAUAUAUAUAUUGCCAUCGUAUUUGCAAAGGAGGUGUUUUUGAAGCAGGAUUGCUCUGUCAAAUACAGAAAGCACCAUUCCUCUACUUGCUUCCUUGUAGCAGCACAGCUGAGAAGUAAUUUAACAGAUUAUAAGAGACACUAUAAUCACUUAGUGGGCAGAGUUCACUUAAAAAAAAUUAAUAAAUCAGAUGCUACACUUCUCAGUUACAUUAGCAUUUGUAACACUGAUAAUUAUCACAGGGGAACAUGGGAUUUGUCCAGCCAGAAGAGAAGAUAAUCAGAAAUGGAAUUACUAUGACACAGAAAUCUGGCUUUUUACCUAAUUUAUCAAAACAGUAAGGAUGACUCCUGUGACCUCUCUGGACAGAAGACAAUUCUUCAGGACAGCUUUAGCAUUUUGGGCUGUGUCUUAUGAGUAAAGUGAAAUUAUGAAACUUGUAACACUGUGUGAUUGUUCUUGCACCUGUGAAACAAUACUCGUGGUUGGCGACGGGUUUUCCUAGUACGCUUGCAUCUGCCGCCUUCAUGGUAAACACUCUUCGUGAGUUCUGAGGACCUUUUGCUAUGCAUCACUGGUAAAAAUUACAAAUAAAAACAAGCUGUGAAAGCAAGCUAUAUUUUUACACAUUUGAACAGAAUAACAUGCCAUGUGUAAGGUCUGAGGAUUGUAUUUCCAGUAUUAAAAGCCAUGCCUUUUAAUAAAAGCCAUGUCUUGGCCAGGUUACACAGAAUAAGCAGCUGGUGCAAGGGAUGGUUGUAUUCCAUACCUGUAAGCAAGAAGAUGAGGUUAGCUACUACAAAAAGGCUUGUACUUACGAACAAAUGAAUAAAAUACAGGCUGGGGCAGAUAAAUUCCAUCACUUAUCUGUACAGGUAUGAGAUGGUCGUUAAAUCACUUUGUUUCUUUAGGAGCUCUGGUACUUCUUUUCAAGUUUGAUGAACAAUUUAAAUUUUACAUACUGUUGUUCCCUAUAUAGGAGAAAGGGCUUUACAUUUUCCUAGACAUUGCACGUGCAAUCUGUACCACUAAUUUUACUGACCAUUUUCAGUAAACUUUGAUGUGGUUUUGGACAGGUCUUUGAGAGUAAACUUUUAAUUGGUGCCUGAUUUGUCAACACAGCAAGGAAAUUCUAAUAGUUAUUUCUACAGCCUCAGAAUUUGAGUGCAGAUUUAAAAUUAAAAGUGUUCAGCUACCCUGCUGAUGCAGUCCAGAUUGAAAGAGAAGGAGAUUCAGAUACUGUUAUGCUGCUUCUGAGCUGCAUUUUGUGUAGAACUAAGGUUGAAAAAUUAAAUUGCUCGUACUUGUGAAAUUUAAAAAAACUUUUCACACUUGCCUCAUGUUCAUGCUGUUGUAACCCACUUACGCUCUGCUGCUAUAGAGCAGAAGCAGUUUAUCCUCUUCAGCUCAUUAGAUCUGUUACUCUUUUCUGCCUUAUUUUUAAUCUCUGGAAGAAUUUACUUAUGAACAAAAAUAUCUGCAAACCUCAGAAUUCGGCAAAAUAACAUUCUUGGAAGAUAUCAUUAACCAUAUGUCUGUCUUGUCAGAUCCGUAGUACCAAGUCAUGAGAGGAGUUUAAACUAGGUGACUUACAGCCCUGGUAGGAACAGGAGGAGGGGGAGGGCUGUGAAUUUUAAAGUCAAAAAGGAGGG